AUGAAGACCAUUGGCAUCAUCGGUGGAAGCACCGACAUAGCCACCGUCGAGUACUACAAGCUCAUCAACGAGCAUGUUCGACAGGAGCUGGGCGGCCUGCACACGGGCGAAAUCAUCAUCAACUCCAUGGACCUUGCGUGGAGCGCCCACUACGUCAACAACCAGCUCUGGGACGAGGGAGCAGCGUACCUGCGCGGCAAGGCCCUGAGCCUGGAGCGCGCCGGCGCCGACUUCAUCAUCUGCGUCUCCAACACCUGGCACCGAGUGGCGGACAAGUUCAUGGCGGGGAUUAACAUACCCCUGCUGCACAUUGCCGAGCCCACCGGCAAGGCCGUCCAAGAGAAGGGCCUGAAGAAUGUCGCGCUGCUGGGAACAAAGGCCACCAUGUCGUCCCCAUAUCUGCCUGAACUGUUCUCGGCUCGAUACGGGCUUGUCAUUACCGUGCCGACGGAAAAGCAGCAGGACCUGAUUGAUGGCGUAAUUUUUGACGAGAUCUCGUAUGGGCAUUUCACGGAAGCUUCUCGCAAGGCGUAUCUGGAAAUCAUUGACGACUUGGUGGCUCGCGGGGCCCAGGGCGUCAUAUUAGGGUGCACCGAGAUCCCGUUGUUGGUGUCGCAGGGCGAUCGACCGGAGAUUCCCAUGUUUGACACGCUACGGCUUCAUGCUAAGGCUGCUGCAAUGAUGGCCGCCCAUGAAUAG